CAAAUUUGUCGUCAGCAGGUGGCCCGGAUCUACUUCAGGAUGCUGGUUGUACUGAUUCCCUAGCCAACACAGUGGCGACAUUGCAACCGUCAGCGAACAACCCAAGCCCCCUGGCAAGUCCGAGGGGGACUUUUACGAUUCGGGAAGGAGGUGGCACGGCAGACGAAGAUCAUUUUGACGAUGAUUUUUACAAUGAAGACCAACACUUUCAGGCGUUCGACGAUGCUCUUGCGAAGAGAAAUACGAACAUCAACGCGCAGCCCC